AUGGGAAAAGGGAUAACCAUCGAGCUAGAAUGGAUCUUCGUUAUGAUAAUUGCUGCAACAAAAGGUAACUCUUGAUACAUGAAUUAAAACAGUAUGGCUGUUUUGCAAGACCGUAUAAGUGUUAUAAUUCAAGUUAGUAUUGAUUGGUCUAAAGGACCUUAGGCCUGUUUCCAACGUCGUGCUACUGCUGUGCCGAACUCAUUUGAUCGAAUUAAAUUCGACUUUUACAAGGCAGUAACGCGACGUUUGAAACCAAGUCGUGCUACUGCCGUGUAGCACGGCAAGCCUUGCCGUGCUACACGGCAGUAGCUCGACUUGGUUUCAAACGUCGUGCUAUCACUGUGCCGAACUCAAUUCAUAAAUAGUCUAUAAAUUAUAAAUACAUUAGAAUAUAUUUAAAAGUUUGCUAAACUGUUUCGUUUUUUGUGUGUUUUGUUUUCGGCAAUAGCCGUUCUAUUCGACUGAAUUAAAUUCAACGUCUGAAACCAAGUCAUGCUGAUGUCGUGCUGCAGUCGAGGUACAAUCGAACCGGCUUAGCACGGCAGUAGCACGACGUUUGAAACAGGCCUUAGGUCGCCCGCACAGGGAUAACUGCCUACACUCAAUCAUUUAGCCUCCUCAAGAACGAUUGAGAUAAUUUGUGACUCGCAAAUGAUCUCAAUCGCUUAAACAGUAGACAACAUUGUACUUUAAUAUUACUAUGUUUUGUUAUGUGGAUACAAUAGUACGCGUGCUCUGAUUGGCUGUUUUCUUGUAAUGGCUGGGCAUUACUCGCCACAUAGGUGUCCAAGGCGUACAUGUAUACAAUCUAUCUAGGGGACAUCCUUAUCAAUAUCCACGUUGUGGUAAACUGCCAGCUGUAAAAAGGUAUCCGCUGACCAGUGUCACCUGACUGUAUCGCGGGCUCAAGUGUACAACUCGUUGAGGUGACCUGUGUUUUAAAGUUAUCCGCUGGCCAGUUGUUGGUUUUAAUUGAUCGCAGGCUCCGGUCCAUAAUGAAAAGGCUUAAUAAUUUCUGGGAAAUGUCAGUCAUCAAGGCCUCAGUUUGAGAUUUCCCCGUAAUGACCUCACUCUGGGUUGAUAAGUGGUAUGUUACAACUGAUAACACUGGAAACACUUUUUGUUUUGUAUUUUGCUUCUCCCCUUUUGUAGGGUUAUCUGGGAACUUCACUUCUUCGUCUCCAUCAGCUGGUAAUAAUCAUCUUUUUUCUGAGUUUAUUCAAUAAGCUUCUUAUUGACGGACUAUUCCCAAAUAUUUGUGACCAUUUAACAUUGCAUUUUAUCUCCUACUCCUGUUAUAUAGCAAUAUUUUAUGGUUAGAACUGGGUCGAACAGCAGGGCGGAACAACAGCGAGGAGUACGGCGAAGGCGACGUCAACGAGAAAGGCAAAAAAGCAGCACUUGCAGCACGCAUUUUUUUAACUUUCGUGCCUCCACUGCACAGCAACGACGAAUCGAACGAGUAAAGCCCGAUAGUUUAAAAGCAUCGCGAAUUCACUUUGUAAGUGACGUUUUCGUAGCCGUCGUCGUCGUUGUUGCUUAAGCCCCUUAACCUGAUCUUGACGUUCCUUAUAAUGUUACCAUAAACGAGUCAGUUCAUAAGUAAAUCAGCGGAAUAUGUUGUUCCAGUGAGUGUAGUACUGAUUAGGACUAUUUUUGACAGAGAUUGAUCAUUGUUACUUCUGCCUUUGUUCAAUGUACAAUCAAUACGCAUUAUUUAUCUACGCAGUUACAUCGUCCAGACAUUGCGUAGGAUUUGAUGGUAAAUCUUACAAUGCUGGGGAUGUUUGGAAACCCACACCUAACAGCCAGUGUUCGUGCACUGCAGAAUUACUAAUCCAAUGUUCCUCGAGUAUUGUCUUCACAUUGAAGCCUUUAAAACCAACCACUGUAUUCAGAGUCUGUCGAGACAACGAGCAGCGUAUUCGUAAUCCUGGAGAUGAAUGGUUAAACGAUCCAACGACAAAGUGUACCUGUUCUCGAGAUAAAUUCGUCCUUUGUGCCAUUCUAAAGGAGCCAGUUUGUGUGGACAGCAGUGGUAAAAUAAAAAAACACCAAGAGACGUGGCUCAAGAACGACUGCAUUAAGUGCGCCUGUAUAAAUGGCAGUAUUAACUGCACCAGAUAUGAGGUCAAUGUCACCUAUGGUUUGUUUGAAGUGAAGAUUUAUCCAAUAUGCGAGCUCUGUUUGCAUACCUUUGAAAAUGAUUCAUCUGAAGAUUGUAAAGGUGAAGAAAGUAACGAUCAUACGAAAGCGUUUAGAUAGGCAAUUCAAAGGGAAACCCUAAUGAAAUGGAAGAAGUGUCGAUCAUUAAUAGUUAAAGCAUUUUCUAUUAAAGCAUACAUGCUAUUUUUCCUUUAAAUCUUUCAUUAAAAUACGGUACUGUCUUUUGACUGCGCAUGUAAAAAAAUGAAGUCGAACUCCUUUUCGCGGUAAAACGUUUAGAAGUUCUUCUCGACGUCUCAGAAACAAAGAAAUUUUAAAAAUAAAUUAUAAUUUUGCAAAUAUUUUAAACAGAAUACCUACAGCGCUUAAGGAAAAUUUCAAAUGAUAUAACUAGGAGGGAUCCUUUAAUUUAUCUUAAAGGUCUAUAAUUUCAACUAUGUAGAUAGCGUUAAUACCGUCCUUUAUGUUUUGACAACUCCCUUCCUUUAACAAGUGCAUCUUUCCAUUUUUUUUCCUAAAGCUUUUUUGGGGACUGCCAGUCAAAAAAUGCGAAGACCAGCGAUGUUCAAAUGCUUCACCGGACAUCAUUUUAUCUGGGAAAGUCACAGGUGCAACGGAAUCUUUGAAUGUCCGGACGGAUCUGACGAAACAGGCUGCGAAGAUAGUAAGACAUUCUAAAACUAUUUUUAAAGAGAUAUUGUUAUUGGACAUGCCUUCACCACUCUUAGAGCUAGUCUUGCAAGUCAUCAACUAAAGCAAAAGUUAAUUGCCGCAUUUGAUUUUGUUAAUUGACUAUUCAAUGCUUUUCGAGCGGCUAGGAAAAGGUGAAUUCGGUUAGGAAAACGGUUGAACAUUAUCCACUUAAGAUGGCUGGACCCGGUAUUUUUGUAGGUACACCUUCCACCUUUUGAUUUCUUAUAUACUUAAACAAAUUGAUCUUUAUUGUAAAAACAUUAUAACACAUUUAUUACAAGAGCAUAAGGUGCGGUUACACACACCACGGCAAAAGGCACUUCCCAAGGUAAAAAAUGCCCCAGUAAAUUCAGCGUGGGUUUAGUUUACCGUGGUAACAUUUGGUGUACCUACAAAAAUACUUGGGCGAGCAACCUUAAGAUGUCGUUUUCUUCAUGGUUCUUCGUUUUUAACAAAUAAGCGGAGCCAUCUAUAAAUAGUAAUACUUCUUGGCCCGAAUUCCUUUUUUAUAAGUAGUGUUCUUUUGCCGUCCUUUGUCUUAGAAGUGUGUAAAGAUGAAGAAGGCGGAACUUAUCUUAUCAAAAACAGCAAAUUUGGCUGGCGUGUCUCUCCCUGUCUAAGUUGUCACUGUUCAAGAGGCUUACUGAACUGCAAGAAAACUUUGGAAGUGAACUUUCCAGGAUACUACCCCGAUAUUUAUGUGAUCCAGGAAAACUGCACGCAACCUUCUUGCAAAGUAUCACAGUUUCUUCGGAACAAAAAGGACGAGUGUAAAGGUAUUUUUAAUUUAAUCUAAAGCAUUCAAAGAAAUCCCUAUUUUAUUUAUUUUCUUUGUUCUUCAGUUUGUAACAUUUAAGCACAUACCAGAGUAACUAAUAGGCAUUUUAUGCUGUUUUAUCUAUUUAGCUUGUGACUGGGUGGUCGAUGUUUAUUUUACGGUUUGUCUAUAUGUUUAUGCAAUUAAAUAACUGUUUCUCUAUCUUCUCUUAAAACUAUGGCUAAUAGCGCUACAAUUAUGUACGUAGCCCUUUAAAAACUAUGUGACUAGCGUCGGCCAUUCUUUUGCGUGCUUAUAGCUAGUGUUCGAACGAACUCAGUUUGGUUAGAAUAUUCCUAACAAAUUCUAUGUUGAAACAAGACUAAACAAUAUUGAUGACUUCUGGUUUUUAGCUGUGGAAAUUUUACAAAACAACGGACUACUAUUUGCGGGACAAACGUGGAACUUCAGCGGCUGCACCUUCUAUUUUCCUGGACCCAACGAUGAAGUAGGACGGAUUUGCCCGCCAAUGGUCAGACCAGUAUGUUAUGUGUACAAUGGAGCAGUUUGUUGUGCGUCAUAUUGUCCAGGUAGAUAUUUUCACCUGAUUGAAAAAACUUUGUCGUUUAAAAAGUAUAAAAUUAUGAACGACGGGACAUAAUGGAUUUAUGGGUAGAAUUUAACUUUAUUAGCAUUGCAAAUUUAAAGUUCUUUGCAGAAAAGUUUAUGUUAUCACGACCUAUCACAGCUUUUCGGUGAUGAUGCAUUUCAAAAAAAGAUCUCAAAAGUUUCCGGUAAGCUCACAACUUCACCUAAACAGAGCACAUCAGGUAUCCCUGGCUACAGUAAAAGAGCUUAUCCAUAUUGGUAACGCACACUUGAAAAUCUUAAGAUAUGACCUAAGAGCAUUCUUGGAACGCAUAAAAGACAACGGCAUGAUAAAGUACUCUAGGGAUUUGCAUCCGCACGAACAGCUCGUGAUAAUGGUAACUUUUGCUGAAAGAACUUUGAAUUUGCUUUGCAAACGAACGUAUACCCAUAAAUCCUUGAAGCCUCAUAGUUCACGGUUCAUUUGAAGAGACAAAGUUUUUUCAAUUAGGUAUGAAGCUUUUGCAUUUUGCUUUCUAAUACCAUCACUUAGCUUUUCCAGCCCCUGAUGAAGACUAGUUUUGUCUAGUCGAAAUAUUGGCAAAUAAAUUUGUAAACCUUAGCUGUCCGAUCAGCCUUGUUUUCAAUUUUAAGUUUAAUACCAUCAACUGACGUGAUACAACUCACAGCCGCACAGGUUGUCGAAACGUCAGUCACUGUCCACAACAAACGUCCUAUUCAGGACUACGUUCUCCCGGAUGAUCAAACUCAACCUAAUUUUGAAAUGACUCCUGGGUUCACACCUUUCACAGUUUUAUAAGUUGACUCCCAAUAAUUUUCAGUCUCUUUUUUUACGAUAACUUGGAACCCAUGAGCGAUUGGUUCUAAACUCUUGUUGGCCUUGUCACGCAUAAUGAGCAAAAUUACUCAGCUACACGCACAGAGAAUCGAAUUACAAUGUUGGACGCCAGUGCUUAUCGAUUAAACAAUAUACGGGAGUUCUGUUUUAUCUUGUCAGUUUGAUUCGGAACACGCAUGUCCCCAUUAGUUCUCCAACAACUUAAGUACUGAUUAGUCUUUAUUUGUUUAGUAUUGGAGCAAGUUUCAAAGCAAAUGAGAGGAAAUCUGUCAUUUUGCCCAAAUAGCCAUCAGCUGGUAUCCUCAGAUAUCGACAAUGAAUGUAAACUCACCUAUUGUUUUCGUAAUUAUUCCAUGAUAAGCUGCAAAACAGGUAAAGAAAUGUAUGUAGAACAUAAAUAACUAGUCUAACGUCGCCUUAAUAUCAGGAGUGUAGGCUGUCACGGAGCUGGCUUGAAACUUAAGUCACUAAACACAAAAUAGAUAACAGCCUCUUUUAUCCAAGGAAACACAUAGUCGGCAUAGACACGUGUUUCAAUAUCUUUCACUCUUUAAUUUAUUAAGACUAAAUAAUAGCAACAGCACCAAAAACGAUGCUUGUAAUCAGGCUCGACAAGCCGGCCCGCAACACUUAGUCGGCAAACAGUGGAAAUAGGACUGGGUGGAGUACAAUUCGGUCUGUAUUAACAAAAUACGCGGUCGUCCAAUAAGUUUGAUCACGAGUAUAAUUACAGACCGAAUUGGAAGACACAAAGUUCUGUUACUAAUUAAUCAUAACCAUAACAAAAUUUGUGAUAUUUUAAGCCUUUUAAAAAUUAAAACACAAAAUAUUCGCGGCUUUUUGCAAGCAGUGAAAAACAAAAUCAUUCAAGUGCGUGUGCGAUAGCGCAUCCUGUCCAAUUACUUAGGCAGGACGCGAACUGGUUUUUCUUAAACUGUCCCAUCAGUGCUGACAGGAACAGCUGGCAGCCAAUUAGAUUUGAGAAUUUUAUAUUUUGUACAUGCCAUCUUUGACACAAUCUUAUCAACAUCUAUUACUAGUUUGUGGUUUUGUGCCUUGCUACUCGCAUGUCCUGGUCUUGUGACUAAUCACAAGACAAGAAACAUUCGUUAAUUAUUUCAUGUGAUCAUAGUUUUCUCAGUUUGCAAGCGUAAAAUAAAUUCAGAAUUCGUUUGUUCAAUUAUUUAUUUUACGGGUCCUCUUUAAGCCAUAACAUGUCAAGAUGAAGAGCUGAACAAGUAUUUUGAAGGAGCCACUUGGUCCGUUGGUACCUGUAUUCAGUGUUCCUGUCAAAAUGGCGUUAUCAAAUGCACAAGAACAAUAUCAGUAUUAUCGUCAAAGAAUUUUGAAGGAAGGAUAACCGAGCACUGUAACCAGACAGAGUGUAAUGUGGUGCGUUAUGUGCAAGAAAACAAAGCCAAAUGCAGAGGUAUAGCUACCCUCUAAGAAUGUUAUUAUAAUAAUGAAAAUUUGGGAUACUAUUGAGGGGGAUGUUGAUGUCGUUGUUGUUGUUGUUGAUGAUGAUGAUGAUAGCAAUAAAAAUACAAAUUAUAGUGAUAAUGAUGAUGAUUAUGACAAUAAUAAUAAUGAUGAUGAUGAUGAUGAUGAUGAUGAUGAUGAUUAUGAUGACGAUGACCAUGAUGAUAAUAAUAAAUAAAUAAAUAAAUAAAGCGGGACUCUAAAAUGGUGGGCUCCUAGGCAAUACAAGACCAUGUAAGCUGCAUUUUACAUUUUUUCAAGAAUAGGAACCAAAAAUCUCUACCAGACUAACCAUCAACCACAAACGUAAAUUCGUACCACAAACGACGACUACACUAAUCAAAUGUCACAAAGGAUGCUCUAUUCUAGGUCCAUUGAGUCUCAUACCCUAUCAUAAACUGCCGAAUUCAUGAAAAUUCAGCCCUCCUCCCACCCGAGGGAGUACUGAAAUGAGUUGCCCCGUUUUCUGGGUACUCAUAGCUAAAUUUGUUGUUUAAGUUCAUCUUUCAUUUUCUAUUCGCAGUAAAAGUGAAGGUUAGUGGGAGAAAGCCGAGUGAUAAUUGAACUUGUCUUGCCACAAGAUCACGGGCCAUUUUCAGUUUUGCACGCCGGAGUUAGUUAAGCAAUGAACGAUUAAUAGCGGUGGCUGCAAUAAUUGUUUGUAAAUAAACACAUCUUUUUAUAGCUUGUAGAUGGAAUGGUAAAGUCUUUUAUGGUGACGAUCACUGGAAAGAUGGCGGUGUAGACUUUUAUUGUCUUCAAAACCCCUGGCUUCAGAUGACUAGGCCUGGCUGCUAUUUAGGGAAAAGAAGAGCUACGGUUUGCACUGGAGCUAUCAGAGGUUAGGAAAAAGCCCAAACGUAAGGUAUUUUAUUUACCCAUGUGUGAAAAUUACAUUUACGCUGUGCUGUCCGUAACCGACUAAGAAAAAAAAGGCAAGUCAUCGACGUUCAAGGAAGCAACGAGACUUAUUACACAGCUACUAGACUAAUCGUUGUAAAAAUUACAUGGAGCGACAAAGGCGAGGCAGCUACUAUAACCUUCAACGACGUUAAAUCUUUCAAGUCCGUUUUGAUGAUGUUUCAUGUCGUUGAUUUUUCAGGUUUAAAUAAACUCCAUUCAAUAACCAAAGGCGAGUUAUUCUUGUGUGAUAGUGGUGACCAGAUAUUAUGGGACGAGGAACGAUGUGAUCUAAGGAACGACUGCUAUGAUUUCUCUGAUGAGAAUAACUGUUCUAACCGUAAGUUAUGACUGUAAAACCCAUUAAAGCAAGAACUUAACAACACUGCGCGCGUGGUCAGUAAAAGAGGUUCGCAUAAUCAAAAAAAUAUGUUACAACAAACGUUAUCCUUCUGGAUCUUAGGAAAUUACGACCGGGCUAAUUUUAAUCCUUGGGGCCGUAUCUGCUCUCUUCAACAAGUUGAAAAUAACAAUUUAUGGUAAAAACAUAGCUUGCAAAAAAGGUGUACCGACGAUUUGUUUCACCAGAUGCUCAGUAUUCCGAAAGACGGCCAUCUUGGAUUUUGGUGAAAAAUAUCAUUCACUGUAGGUUCACCAAUAUAUGGUAGCAGGUCUCGCUUUUGCUUUAUUUUGCAAUUGCUAAAUCUUUUUCCCGCAGUUUAAGUGAAUCAAAUUUCAUAUAUUCACUUUCCUGCUGUGAAAGUCGAAAGGUUUGAAGGGUCAGUGCAGCUUAGGCGUUUACCCCCUUAUAGAAUGCUAUUAACUCCAUCUGAUUCGGCUUUGUUAUUCUAGUUGAAGGGUCUUGAGAGACCUGCUUGUAGGGAAAAUCUUCCGGCCAAAAAUCGCUCUUUUACACAUGAGUGUAUUUUCCCCUUUUCAGAUUUCUGUCAGUCCGAGAUAAAGUUUGGCGUGAAGUAGCCUCGAGCAAAGACUGGCGAGGAAAUAACAGUAGAAUGCUCAUUAGCUGACUCAAUUUUGACAGGUAUAAUAGCUACAUGUAUCAAUAGACCAUUGUCAUUUCACCGCUGGCGCUAUGCUUGGUUUUUACUUCUCUCUUGCAUUGUCACCACCCAUUUUUUAGGAUGUAUUCUGUGUUUUCACUCACGUGGCCAGCAUCUAUGCAAAUUUAUUGGAACAAAAGAAAGCGUUUACAUGAGAAAAGAGUUCAACUCCCACAGGACUGGUUUGGGACACAAACAUGGCAGCCGUUUUAUUGUUUUGGGACACAAAUAAACACACACAAUUUAAAGCUAUAUUUAACUUCUUUACACUGUACCAUUUUAUAAAUUGUAAUGUAGUUAUUCAUAUAAUCAAUGUCUGAUCGUUGUUUUGUCCAACAUGGCUGACAGUAAAGGUUAAUUUCUAUUAUUUUUUCGGUUAUUAUAUAGAGGAAAGAGAUCAAAUUUUGCCGUGUGGUUCUUCACUUAUAGAUUAGAGAAAACCUAAAAUGCAGUAAGAACAAAUAAGUGGCCAACGAGUGAGCGAGGUGGUCCUCUUCACUGAUCCGUAAUUGAACAGAAAGAAAAAAGAAUGACAUAAAAUAGGAUAUAUUUGUUACAUGGAUGCACUAAUAACAUAAACACGCAUAGGACACACGGAGUAUCCACAUUACAAUUCGGUGACCGUAACGGUGCAGUCUCUAAUCACUUGUCUCAAACGUCCUCAAUUUAUACAAAUGUAGGCUCAUUUAGCAGUAUGUGCAGAACUGACUGGAGACUUGGAACAACUUGGUUUCACAAGAUCACGUGCGGUUGUGAACUAAAAGCCGAAGUGGAUUAUUUCAGAGAAAAGGUAGGACGUUACUACAGGUGUUUUUGACAGGAAAAUGGUAUGUUUCAUUAAUAUAUUUAUAAAAACUGACAAAUAUCAGUUCCUCACAAAUCAAUAACGCCUGUCUUUAGUUACUACCAUCCUGCUAGUAUGACUCUUCAAUUAGGACGUCUGGUUGCAGCAAAGAGCAUUAACGGUUUGGUUUUUGAUUUUUGAUGUACUUCAUUACCGGGUUCUACACCAGUUGUAAGGGCUUUUUUUGGAGAAGUUGUAACUGAAGGAUAAUUAAUUGGUUUGUGAUUUCUGGUGUACUUGAUGACCGAGUUCUCCACCAGUCGUAAGGGACUUUUUUGGAAAAGUUGUUAGUAAAGAACGAUGAAUUUCUAGCGUUAUAAAACUAGGCGAGUUCAGUUGUAAUUUCGACGUUCCUGAUGACUGGCAUCUCCUCGGGCAAUCACCUACCAAUUGUAUGCGCUUAUUGUAAUUGAAACAAUAGUAGUGGAAUUUAAUAAGUCUUCCAAUUAUUCCAUAGAGACAAGAAAAAAUCUUUCUCUUAAUUAUUCGACUGCCUAAGCUCAAGAGACAGCGUUAUGGCUAAUCGUGACAGGAAUACUCAGCAAUCAGUACCGGGUGACCUCUAAUCAACCUUUCAUAAUUAUUUCUUGCACUUUAAGAUUCUACUUUUUUACUCAGCAGCCGUUUAUUUCAGCAUUCCUAGAUGAUUUAUAUAUUGGCUGAGUGAUUUUAGGUCAUUUUAGAGACUGGGGAAAUUUACUCUGGGCGCGUUUAAUUGACCGUGUGCCGGAAUAAGACUGAAUUUAACGUUCAAGAACAUCAUUUCGCUACAAUUCUCUUUCAAAAUGACAUAAUUUAAAAAGAUUGGGAUGUUACAUACACCUUAAUACUGUUAUUCAACCGAUUUGGAGAUGUAGCGAUACAAUGAAUGCCUGAAAAAGUGAUUUUUAGGACUUAUUCCAUUUAUGUUUCUUGCUGAAUACUGUUAAACAAACAAGCCCUGCUUUUUACAAAAGCCAAGAAUAAUAUUCUUUUGGUGCAAUCUAUGUUUUGUUUCAGAUUCAGAGAACUAAUACCACAAAUAUACUGAAUAUAUCCACGGAAUUUGUGAAUUCAUAUGGUAGAUUCAAGAACAAAGACGUUUUACUUGAGAUGAUAAAUGAUAUGUUUGCUUCUGUAAGAAGAGUUAUUUCGCCAAUUACACGACGUAAUUCGGAUAAGGCCGUACAACUUUGCGAGGUAAGAGAUAAGAGAAAACUUUAA